AUUUCCUUUGGUGUAGUGUCACCAAAUAUUAGUCCUUUUCCACUUAUAAGAAUUCAAACUGCCUAGUUUUUCUAUCUUACACCUUCUUCUUCAUCCUUCACACACACUGAGAAAGAGAGAGAAAGAGAGAGAAACAAAAAAAAAGAAGAAGCAAUGUUUAGCCAAAGCUUGUUUGAGGAUCAUCAAGAUAUGUCAACACAACUAGGAUUUUUCUCUUUUCCUCCAAAUUGCAACAAUAUGGGCAUAAGUAGUACUGCAAGUUCUACUCUACCAUUUAUUGGAUACAACCAAAAUACUCUAAAAACCCUCACUAUGAUCCCUCCCUCUUUUGAUCAUAAUUCCUUAAAUAUUGAAUCUACACAUGAUCCAAGGCACAAAGAGGACCUUACUACUUCUAUUUUUGAAGGAUCCUAUCUUCUUUCCUUGCAAAAAUCCAAUACAAAUACAUGGGCAUGCGGAGAAGUGAAUGAGAGGAGCAAUAUUAUUAAGAGAUCAAAGGAAUUUGAUCUUGAUCAUCAUAAUUUAGGGGUUUCAUCAAUUAAGAUGAAGAAGAUCAAAUCAUCAAGAAGAAAAGUAAGAGAACCAAGAUUUUGUUUCAAAACUAUGAGUGAUGUGGAUGUGUUGGAUGAUGGUUAUAAAUGGAGAAAAUAUGGACAAAAAGUUGUCAAAAAUACCCAACAUCCCAGGAGCUAUUAUCGAUGUACACAAGAUAAUUGUAGAGUUAAGAAACGUGUGGAAAGAUUAGCAGAAGAUCCAAGAAUGGUGAUUACAACAUACGAAGGUAGACAUGUUCAUUCUCCAUCACAAGAUGAAGAGGAUUCACAAGCUUCAUCACAACUUAAUAAUCUCUUGUGGUAGUUUUAAGAAAAAAUAUGGCUAAGUUUGUUUUUUUCAUAAUCAAGAAAUCCGUCUGCGGCCUGUCCUUUGAACCGAUCACAGCCUCUAAACUCAAUGGAUAAAGGUCCGCCUAUGGCUAAGUCUUUUUAUAUAGUGUAUACUCAAUUUCAAUAUUAACCCUCUUUGAUUUUUCAUGUAAUGGAAAUUAGGUUUCAUUAAUUUCCUAGAUUUACUAAUGGUGGAUGCUUUAUUAACUAUAAAGUCCAAUAUGUAAUUUGUUAUGUGGACCACUUACUUUGUUGGGCCUCAUGCCUCUCACUAUAUUGUAAGUUUGAAGGCAAAAAAAUGAGAACUAAAUUUGUGGUCUUA